AUGGGUGUCCUCGAGAAGCUCUCCCGCAAGUCUGGCGUCAUCGUCGGCGAUGACGUCCUUCGCCUGUUCCAGUACGCCCAGGAGAAGCAGUUUGCCAUUCCGGCCAUCAACGUGACUUCCUCGUCUACUGUCGUCGCUGCUCUCGAAGCCGCCCGCGAGAAGAACUGCCCCGGCAUCCCCAACUCUAACCAGGAAGCUUCCAUCGCCGGUGGUAUCGCCGGUGCCCACUACGUUCGCAGCAUUGCCCCAACCUACGGCAUCCCCGUUGUCCUUCACACCGACCACUGCGCCAAGAAGCUGCUGCCCUGGCUGGACGGUCUGCUCGACGAGGACGAGCGCUACUUCAAGCAGCACGGCGAGCCUCUCUUCUCCUCGCACAUGAUUGACCUUUCGGAGGAGCCCGUGGACUGGAACAUUGAGACCACCGCCAAGUACUUGAAGCGUGCUGCUCCCAUGAAGCAAUGGUUGGAGAUGGAAAUCGGUAUCACCGGUGGUGAGGAGGAUGGUGUCAACAACGAGGAUGUCGACAACAACUCUCUCUACACACAGCCCGAGGACAUCCUGGCCAUCCACAACGCCCUCUCCCCCAUCAGCCCUUACUUCUCCAUUGCUGCCGGCUUCGGUAACGUGCACGGCGUCUACAAGCCCGGCAACGUCCGUCUGCACCCCGAACUGCUCAAGAAGCACCAGCUGUACGUCAAGGAGAAGAUUGGUUCGUCCUCGGACAAGCCCGUCUUCUUUGUUUUCCACGGCGGCUCCGGCUCGUCCAAGGAGGAGUACAAGGAGGCGAUUAGCUACGGUGUGGUCAAGGUCAACGUCGACACCGACAUGCAGUUCGCCUACCUGUCUGGUGUGCGUGACUACGUCUUGGGCAAGAAGGACUAUCUGCUCACUACCGUCGGCAACCCGGAUGGCGCCGACAAGCCCAACAAGAAGUUCUUCGACCCGCGUGUCUGGGUGCGCGAGGGUGAGAAGUCCAUGAGCAAGCGUGUACAGGAAGCGCUCGCCGACUUCAACACUGCCGGACAAUUGUAA